GAAGUCAUCACCUGAUAGACCUAAGGACAGAAAGAAGCAGAGCUAAACUUUCAGCACCAUGAACAGUUCCUCAAUACUCUUCAGGCUCCUGUGUGCCAGCAUCCUCCUCUCCUGCCUCUGUCAUGGCCAGUCUUCCAGGGAAACCUCUGUAGAAGAUUUUGAUGUAAAGAAAAUUCCAUCCUCUUCAGAGAAAGAGCUGGUAGAGGCAAUGGAGGAAUUAUUGGGAAAAUUUCAGGACAGGUACCCUGCUUACCAAAAGAGAGCUCAGAUUCCUUUGUGUGAUAUCGGAGAGAGAUGUGCAGUGAAGCAAGGUCCCAGAAUUGGCAAGCUAUGUGAUUGCUCCCGUGGAUCAUCUUGUAACUCUUUCCUCCUGAAGUGCAUAUGAAAUAGACAAGCAUACAGUGAAGCCAUAGCAUUUCCUGACAACAUAUCAAGUAACAGUUGUCUUCAACAGAUCAACAACAGCAGAAGCUCUACAUUGCCUGUCUACAUAAAACAACUCAUUUUAUUUUUAAGGAAACACACAACAUAACUGUACACCUGAGAUCCGAUUAUCCUCAACCUUCUUAGAGAUUACGAGAGGCAAGAUAGUUAUAUUUACUUCAUUUUUUUUUCAAGUGUCAAUAAAUGUGUCAUUACACUUUAUAGUUGAUAUUCUUUAUUUAGGCUGUAAAUGUUAUUUAAGAUAAUACUAUCUUAAUAAUAAAUUAUUUCUAAUUUGGACAGACAAUAUUUUAUGUAUUCCCAUUAAAACAUACAAUAAAUUACAUAUUAUAA